ACCGGCGGAAAAGCUCCGAGGAAUCAGCUCGCCAAGGUCAGCGGAUUUAGUCAGACGUGUUAUGUUUUCUCCGAUGACCGGAGGCUCUCCGGCGAUAGGUCGUGGAGAGAAAAAGAUAUACCGUGAACCAGAGAGAAAGGCAAAGGAAGAUCCGGUAGGCCCCUCCACUACAAGUAUCAACCACUUGAUCCCCAACUUAACGGCAUCGGCAGCGAGCCAACAACGACCUCUUCAUGUUCGGCCAAACGUAAGCCGCGUUUCUUGCAUUUCACGUGGAACGAGAUCCUCCUAUGUCCACGUGAUUGACUUCGAUGCGGGCCAGAGCCUGCAAUGGCCGGGCCUCCUCCGCAGCCUGGCAUCGCAGGGUGACACUCUAUGCCGUGUGCGGAUCACGGGCGUGGGCGGAUCAAAGCAGGAGCUGAUGGAAACGGGCGGGCGGCUGUUGGGGCUUGUGGCUGCCCUGAACCUGCUGUUAGAGUUCCACUCGAUUUCCGGCCAGCUGGAGGAUGUCCGCCAAUGGAUGCUCCACGUGAAGGAGGGCGAAACUGUGGUCGUCAGAUGCGUUUUGAAGCUGCACAUGCUGUUGUGCAACCCGAUGGGAGCUGCAAUGAGGGACUUCAUGGGCGAGGGGGAACAUGACGGUCCAGACCUAGAGUGGUUUUUGACUCAGUUUUUGACCGGUGGAACGGGCCUGCCGUUAGGGAGCGCAAUCCGGUUGAGGGUGGAGGAGAUGUUAGAGAACUUAGCAAAAUGUAUUGUUCUUCACAUCAAUGUUGACGAUUUGCUCAUGAAACAAUCCUUGAAAGCCUUGAUCGACGAUAUUCUUCUUUGCUUAAGUUGCUUUAUACCUGCCAUCUUUACAUUUUUAAGAGUACCUAGACUAGCAGUGGUAAUUGUGGUGCAGAGGAAAGAUUCACAGUGCUAUGUCAAUAUCAAAAGGAAAUCAUGUGCUGAAGUUGGUAUCAACUACAUCGAUUUCGACCUUCCUGAGGACGUAUCUGAAUCUAAGUUGAUAUCCAAAGUCCAUGAGCUGAACAUGAAUCCCAAUGUUCAUGAUGUCAACGGAAAAUGGUAA